AAACACAAAGCAGGGGUUUAUGUUUUGUGAUGCGGUAAAACCCUUCACCCAAGUCCAGCUAUGCGCCCUCUGCUCCGUUUCGCAUGCGUGGCUCGGCGCCACUACAAGGCGGCGCCACCGCCGAGUCCACCGAAGGCCCCGAAGAAGCCGCAGAAGUUCAGUUUCAAUGGCAUAACGUGGGAAGACCCUUACAGCUGGAUGUCUAAGGUGAGCGACAAGGUGGCGAUGCGUCACAUGGACGUGUACAUGGAGCAAGAGGAGAAGUACAGUGAGGCCGUCAUGUCUGACUCAGAGAAACUCCUCAACAAGCUCCACUUCGAAAUGGCCUCUCGCAUGCCCUUUGACCUCUCCACCCCUCCCCUUCGCUGGGGCCCCUGGCUCUACUACCGCCGCGUCGAAGAGGCCAAACCCUAUCCCAUCCUCUGCCGAAGGUUGGCUAGCUUGAACGAUGAUUUCAUUUCGCAUAACUAUCCCCCCGCAGGCUUCGAUUUCACUACGGGUAAAGCCAUUGAACAGAAGCUCGUUGAUUAUAAUCUAGAAGCCGAGAGGUUUGGAGGUUAUGCUUAUGAGGAACUCUCUGAAGUUUCACCUAAUCAUCAGUUUCUUGCAUACACUAUGUAUGAUAAAGAAAACGACUACUUCAAGUUAUCCGUGAGAAAUUUGAAUUCAGGUUCGUUGUGCAGUAAGCCUCAGACAGAAAGAGUUUCGAACUUGGCGUGGGCUAAAGACGGACAUGCAUUGCUUUAUGUUGUGACAGAUCAGAAAAUGAGGCCUUACCGUAUCUACUACAGUCUGAUUGGAUCCACUGAUGAAGAUGUUUUGCUUUUGGAAGAGUCAGAUGAAAGUGUUCAUAUUAAUAUUAGGCACACAAAAGACUUCCAAUACGUGACUGUGAAUACAUUCUCUCCCACAUCAUCAAAGGUCUUUCUAAUAAAUGCAGCUGACCCGUUGUCUGGCUUGAAAGUAGUUUGGGAAUGUGAUGUUAUAGCACAUUGCAUAAUUGAACAUCACCAAGGUUACCUUUAUUUAUUUACAGAUGCUCCCAAAGGUGGGCAAUCAGUUGAUUAUCAUUAUCUUCUUCGUAGUUCAGUGGAUAAUCGUUCAAGUACAAGAAAAUGGGAGGAGGUAUUAGUGGAUGACCCAGAUUUAAUUAUUGAGGAUGUUGAUUUUAGUGAUAAGUACUUAGCCCUCAUUGUAAGGGAAAGUAAAAAAGUCCAACUUUGUUCAGUUGGACUACCAUUGCCCUUUGGGAAGGUAAUGGAAGAGAAUUUACUAUAUCUGGGGCCACUCAAACUGAGGAAGCUGGACCUACAGUACUUGUCAUUACCAAAACAUGUUUGCCAAAUUUCGCCUGGACCAAACUAUGACUUUUUCUCUUCUGUCACACGCUUCAUAAUAUCAUCACCUGUGAUGCCAGAUGCUGUGGUUGAUUAUGACCUUGCUACGGGUCGGUGGAACAUCAUUCAACAACAAAACAUGCUACAUGACAGGACAAGAAUACUGUACGGUAAAAAUUCUGCAAGUAUUAGCAUGGAGUCCUCAAAUUCCAAACACUCCAAUCCUGUGAAUGCUAGUUUUGAAGAUUACCACUUGUGGAAUGAUCUGUCUGAGUUUUAUGCCUGUGAGCAAUAUGAGGUCCCUUCAUUUGAUGGAACUUUUAUUCCUUUAACUAUUGUUUUUUCGCGUAACAAUAAGACACAAGCUAAAAAAUCGGGGAUAUUGCAUGGACAUGGAGCUUAUGGUGAAUUACUUGAUAAACGGUGGCGCAGUGAACUAAAAAGCCUCCUUGAUCGAGGUUGGGUUGUUGCAUAUGCGGAUGUUAGAGGUGGAGGUGGUUAUGGUAAGAAAUGGCAUAAUGAUGGGAGACGCACAAAGAAGCAUAACUCAAUCAAUGAUUACAUCUCUUGUGCCAAAUUUCUCAUCGAAAAUGAUAUUGUCCAUGAAAACAAAUUGGCUGGUUGGGGAUAUAGUGCUGGAGGACUUUUGGUUGCUUCUGCCAUUAAUCGUUCUCCAGAUUUAUUUCGUGCUGCAGUCUUGAAGGUUCCUUUUUUAGAUGCUACCAACACUCUUCUGUAUCCCAUCUUGCCUCUUACAGCUGCUGAUUAUGAAGAGUUUGGCUACCCUGGGGAUCUCGAUGAUUUUCUUGCAAUUCGAGAAUAUUCUCCAUAUGAUAAUAUACGAAAGGAUGUCCUUUAUCCAGCUGUAUUAGUAACAUCGUCUUUUAAUACAAGGUUUGGGGUAUGGGAAGCAGCAAAAUGGGUUGCACGAGUUCGUGACCUCACAGUAUACGACCCUAAGCGGCCAAUAUUGUUGAAUUUGACCACAGAUUUAGUAGAAGAAAACCGUUAUUUGCAGUCCAAGGAAUCGGCAUUGGAGGCUACAUUUCUCAUCAAGAUGAUGGAAUCUUAGAUAUCCACCUAUCAUUUGCCCAAUCUCUGAAAUACACUCCCCAUUUGCAACCUUAUAUGGAAUUCAAAUUACAGUUUCAACCAAUAUCUGGUCAGGAGUUCUGCUUCGAAAUACUUGCCAUCCAGUAUUUUGGCUUAUAGCCUUCUAAUUGACACUGGAACAUUACUGGCUUAUCAUGUAAUUUGAAGUGCAUUAAAAUUUACUUGUAAAUGUUACUUUGCGUCAUCGUUUAAGAGCAUAGUGCAAUUUUGGUGUUAAUGGUAA